AUGCCCUCUUCAUCGGGCACCAUUUGGCUACUCUAUUUGUGUUUCUCACGUGUCGGUACCUCGUCGGCCACGGCGCGUUCGCGAUACUGA